UUUGCACCAGUGAGCAUACUAUAGUGUAAUCACCAUUUCACUGAAAUCUUAACUUUUUUCGGAACUUCCGCACAGUCAUAUGGGCACUAGGGUAUCAAUAUCCAAAAUUGGUGAUUUAACUUUAUUUUUAAAUACAAUAUUAUUCCAUGAGUACUUACUUUCUUUCCAUUUUAGAACACAAACACAAGUCUCCUGUUUCACGUAAGAUCUCACAAGACCAAAUGACGUCGAGACGAUGUUAAAAUAUUUUGGAUUGUUCGAAGUGUUAAUAAAUUUAAGUUUUAGCCACUUUAGUUCUGGCACUCUCAAGUUCAGUCGAUAACAGCUAACAAAUCAAUUCCCUCUGCAACAUAAGAGUGAAAUGUUUACCACAAUUCUCUUUUGCAUAACAAUAACGCGCUUUUCUGUAAUAGCUAUUUUUUCUUGUAGUCUAGGGACUCUGACUUAUGUUAUAUGUUAGUAUGACAUGCCAUGAUUACAAUUUUCUCCUUUUUCGGGCAGUCGUGUAAAAGAUGUCAAUUUUCUUUUACAUUUAUAUGUGAGUAAUAACAUCGAAACUACAAAAAAAACCGACGAUGGGUUCCAUAACAUUACGCAAAAAACGGCAAAAAAAUCACGUUUUUAGGGUUCCGUACCCAAAGGGUAAAAACGGGACCCUAUUACUAAUACUCCGCUGUCUUGUGAAUUUGUGAUAUUUCAUGGUAAGUAAAUUAUUCGACACGUGAUGCUGAUGGUAGUCGAUAAUGUUAACUAUAAAGACUACUUAAUAUUUAUCACUUAUUUAUUGUAGAUGACUCUGAAACACGAAGCAAUGGCUAUAAAAAAUAUUAUGAUCACGGCGCGAGGACCUUUUUUUGUUUGCGAAAGUGGACUGAAGGACUCUAGCAGGAAGGAGAUAACGCAUCGGAAGAGCACACGAGCUUCAGGACACGAAGACAGCGAGAGGGUGCGGAGGACGAGGCGGAGGGCGCAGAGGCACAAGCAGCAGAGCAGCCGGCGUCGUCGCCGGCAGCUGAAACAUGCUGGGGGUGCGGCAUGCCCCUGCGCCUUUGCCUUAGAGGGCCUCAGAUGGAACCCUCGGCGGCUUCAAUACCGCCGACCCCGCCACCGACCCCGGUUGGGGUUGCGCGCCGUAUUCGACCCUCAAGGCCGGGCUCGGGGCGGACCAGGUCGCGGCCGGUUGCUAUUCCGGGGCGUCAAGACCGACGCACCCGGCCGCCGACCGCAGCAUUACCCUGCGCGGCGCCAGGGUGCAUGCUUCGCAGGAAACCCUACUAGGCAUCUCACUGCCUUGCCUGUCUCUCUCAAAGUCCUCAAGCAACUGCCUUUGCGUUUUGAGAGUCUACAACAAUGGGCUUAUACUAAGUAUUAG